AUGGCAGAUGCACUUGGUCCGUCCACCCAUUGGUGGAACGACGCCGGUUUGAGAAAGCUCUAUCUCUGGCUGCCGGUUGUCAUCCUCAGCAGUUCAUAUCAAGGUUUCGAUGGCAUGAUUAUGAAUGGUUUGCAGUUGCUGCCCUCCUGGCAAGAAGAAUUCGAUCACCCAGAAGGACCAGUCUUGGGUCUGCUCAACUCUAUCCAGACUGUUGGAGCCAUGUUGGCGCUACCUCUCAUUGGUUGGAUCGUCGAUAAGAUCGGGCGUCGCAAGUCCAUUGCCUUUGGCGCCUCAUGGACUCUGCUUGGCGCGAUUCUACAGGCAACCUCUAAGCACAUUGCACAAUUCGUCAUUUCUCGAUUCAUCAUUGGCUUUGGUCUCGCUUUCACCGUCGUUGGUGCGCCGCUACUUCUUGCCGAGCUGGCUCUUCCAAAGCAUCGUGGAACCAUCUUGUCUUACUUUCCCACUGCAUGGUAUACUGGAGCAAUCAUCGCAGCUUGGACAACCUAUGGCACUCAAUUCAUUGAGGAUUCCCGCUCUUGGCGUAUACCCAGUGGUCUCCAAGCUGUCCCCGCUGUCAUCCAGAUCAGCCUUCUUUGGUUUAUCCCCGAAAGUCCUCGUUGGCUGAUUUCCAAGGGUAAUGGCGCAGCUGCGCGAAGCUUUUUGGUAAAGCAUCAUGCGAACGGUGAUGAGAGCAAUCCAAUUGUGGAGAUCGAAUACACACAAAUCAAGGAGGCUAUCCUCAAAGAUGCACAGUACAAGGAGCAGGGCAGCUAUCUCGAUCUUAUCCGAACGAAACCGAACAGGAGAAGACUUAUUCUUGUCACAUUCUGUGGUCUGUUCCUCGAGAUUUCAGGCAAUGGUCUAGUUCAAUACUAUCUCCAUUCCGUGCUGAACAGUAUCGGAAUCACCAAGACGAUUGAGCAAACUACAGUCAACGGUUGCUUGUCUAUCUACAACUUUGUCUUGGCUCUUGGUGCUUCGUUCUUAGUUGACCGGAUUGGUCGCCGCAAGCUCUUCAUUAUCUCUACUGCCGGAAUGUUUUUUGCUUUCGUUUUGUGGACUACCUUUGCAGCUUUAUACACCGAACACGGCACUCGGAACUACGCGAUUGGUGUCAUUGUCUCCAUCUUCCUUAGCAAUGGCGCUUAUGACCUUGGGUGGACCCCUCUCUGGGCUUAUCCGGCCGAGCUUCUGCCUUACGAGGUGCGAGCACGUGGAGUUGCUUAUAUGACGGGUAUUAUGCAUGCCGCAGGGUUCUUUUCUUCUUUCGUAAACCCAAUUGGGUUGAAGAAUGCUGGAUGGAAGUACUAUAUUGCAUUUAUUGUCUACACGUUCCUGGAGCUUGUUGCCGUCUGGUAUUUCUUCGUUGAAACCAAGGGAUAUACCCUUGAGGAGAUCGAUACUAUCUUUGAAACACCGGGCCUUACUUGGAAGCAGAGAAGAAAUCUCAAGGCUCCUAGCCUUGUCCGGGAGACUAGCUCAAUUGAAGAGAGUGGUGAUGCUGCUCGGAAGCCUGAUGUUGCGGUCUCUAAGGUAGAGCUUUGA